AUGAGGAUUUUCUAUCACUGCGAUCAGGUUGGUCACGUGAAGACCAACUGUCCACAGCUUGUUGCCAGGCCGGCGCAGGCUCUAGCGCUGGCUACACUAAGGAUUACUGACGGGGGUCAGGGUAGGGCAGAGCCUCUGAAGGCUCGAGGAUCCAAGACAUCACCAGAUGUGGUUGCUGACUGGCUUAGUCGCUUCGGUGCCAUGAUCGACUGCGAGGGUCAGCGGGUGGUAGUUCGAACCCCAAGUGAGGUAGAACUGGUUAUCUACGGCGAGGGCACCAGAUUGGGAACAUAG